ACAUCACAUAUUAAAUAUCAUACAUCACAAAAUAAGUAUCAUACCAUGGAUGUCGCAUAUUAUAUAUCAUACCAUGGACAUCACAAAUUAAAUAUCAUACAUCACAAAAUAAGUAUCAUACCAUGGACAUCACAUAUUAAAUAUCAUACAUCACAAAAUAAGUAUCAUACCAUGGACAUCACAUAUUAA